AUGUGGUUUGAAGGCAUCCAAGGUACACUGCCGGUUCGUGCCGGCAACGACGUGCCACUUUUCCCGGCUGUGCUCCCCUUUCCGGAGGCCUCUUUUGUCGAGGAGGUGCAAGGCGAUGACCAAGCUCUGCUCUGGUGGUCCAAGGCUUUCGUAAACACGUUUGUAGCCUGGGGCAACUUCGUGGUGCUUGGGUGCCCUAGUUUGGGGAGUUCAGCAUUGGAGCCGCGAGUUUUUCACAGAGUGGAUGUGCAGCAGUACUCUGAGAAGUUGCUCGGCGAGGUGGUUGAAUUCGCUUCGGUUGAGUUAAUUUUUGGGUCUCUCACGUGUUCAGGCAAAAGGUCUGUCUUGGAGGAGAUGCUGCAACUCAACUUUGCAAGCUAUGGAGUGGGUCAGGUUCCUGCUCCUGCUGGCGCUCUCCCUGUGGCUGCUGAUCGGGUGGCCGUGCCGGAGACCGCUGGCGUGGUGGACCCGCUGGACUGGCUACCUCCGUGCCAGGCGGCGGUGGUGGGAAACUUGGAGGAGCUGAGACUGCCUGAGGCAGCGUGGGGCGAAGCGGUGGUUGCUUGCCAUCGUGUGCCGCAGGAGCACGAAGCCGACCUGGCCCGGAAGCUUCUUCGCACAGGCAUGGCUCAACUUGUUUGUGAGCGUGAUCUGCCACGGACUUCGGAGGGGAAGCUUCUUUGUGGAGGGCUUUUCUGUGUAGGCAAAGACCAGCAGCACGAUCGCUUGAUAUACGACCGGAGGCCCGAGAACAACACCAUGCCACAUUUGGGCUGGGAAGCGCUGCCCUCAGGGGCGUGUUUCGUUAGAAUGUUGCUGGAGCCGAACGAGUUUCUGCGGGGGUCGGGGGAUGACCUUAAGAAUUUCUACUACAUGUUGAAGUUGCCAGCGGGAUGGGUCCGGUACAAUCCAGUGGGCCGUCGUGUCAGCAAGGAGGUCGUGCGGGAAUUCGGGGGCGACGCGAAUCAGGAUCACCGGCUGUGCUUCAGAGUCCUGGGGAUGGGCGAUAAGAACGCCUGCUCCAUCGCGCAGGCGACGCACGAGAGCAUCUUGCAGCGCCACGGCUUGCUGAAGGCUGAGCACAAACUUGUGUACGGCUGUCCAGUGCCAACCGAUCCGCUGUGGGAAGGCAUCUACCUUGACGACCUGCUCAUCACCUUGAAGGUUGCUAUGCCUUUUGUCGUGCCCCUGGACGGCAGCUUUGUACCGCCUGCUCCGCAGGACCAGGACGCCGACAUGGUGCAUGCCAAGAAGGCCGAGGCUGCCUACGUGGAGGCGAAGUUACCGAGAGCAUUGCAAAAGUCUUUUCGUGCGCAGGUGCGUUUCAAAGCUUGGGGCGCCGAGGUUGACGGGAUCGAGGGCAAGGUUGGGGCACCGUUGGAAGUAAGGAAGCAGCUGUGGUGGCUGAUCGCUCAACUCAUCGCCUCAGGACGGACUACGAAGGAGGCUAUGGAGAAGCUCGGGGGCUUUAUUGCCUUCAUCUUCCAGUUCAGGCGGGAGUUCUUUUGCCUUUUGCACCACUUCUAUGUCUUCGUGUCCAAGCUGGAGCCUGGCAGGACUGUGCGGCUUCCCGGGUACAUCGCUGAUGAGUUGCGCGCUGUGGCAUUGCACUUACCCUUGGCGACCUGGAGCAUGCGCUCACACCUGUCCUCGUCUCUCUUGGCCACUGACGCGACUCCAUCCUCAGGUGGGGCCGUUCGUGCGGAAGUGGCACCAGCUCUGGCCGCAGAGCUGUGGCGCCGCUCUGAGAUCAAGGGAGCGCCGGUCCGUUUGGACCCCGAUUCGGAUCACCUGCUUAAGGCCGCGCCGCUGGAGGCUUCAAAGUUCGCGGCGAGCAUCGCCCCAUGUCUCCGAUGGGAGGUGGUAGGGUCUUACUCCUUUCGCAAGACACACCACAUCAACUUGCAGGAGGCGCGUGCAUUGAAGCGAGAGGUGGUCCGUUUCGUCAGUGACCCAGCCAACAUGGACAGCGUUCAGAUCGCCCUCAACGAUUCGAUGGUCGUGGUAGGUGCUGUGGGAAAGGGAAGAUCAAGCUCCUUCCGACUGAACGGGAUCCUAAGGUCACAGCUUCCAUUCCUGGCUUUUGGCCGGGUGCACCUGGCUCUCCUGUGGGUCGAGACCUCAGCUAACCUUGCCGAUUGGCCAUCGCGCUUUCGGAUGCUGCCUCCCGCCAGCCCAGCUAGGAAGUGGAUGCAUCAAUUUGGUAUCUUCUCCGAUCGAGCACCCGUAGGCUGGGAGGUUUUCGAGAAGCCGGGUAUGAUCACACGAGCCUAUCUGGAGCAGGGCUGGAGGAUGCUGCCUCCCGUCGGGGGGUCGUCGCAACUCGACGUUUUCGAUCCCGAGGUGGAUCGGGUCAUUGCCGAGGGUCUCGUUGACUGGCUGUGGUUAAGACCACCCUCGAAAACUUUGGGGCGCAGGCGGUCCGCUGGCUUCAAGCAUUACCCGGCCGCGCCCGGAGCUGAAGCUGACCAUGAACUUGCGUGCUGGGCCCGUGCUCUGGAGUUGGCCAGUGAAAUCUCCCACCUCGGAGGUCACUUCGUGAUCGAACAUCCCCGGCAAAGCGAGGCCUGGCAGCUGCCAUGCACCGAACUGUUCCGACGAAAAGAAGGCUUGAAACUGUUCCGUUGGAAUGCGCCUGCAAAGUACCCGAGCCACGUUGCGAUUAUGCCUCAGCCAGCACUGCUGUUAUCCAAUGCACCGCACCUACGCGAGGCAGGGCAGUGCUUACUUCAAUCAGUGCAUGCGUUGGGGGGAAAGUUCACUGAGCGAUCCUCUCCAGCUUAUGUGGAUCGCCUGUUGGAGAAAGCCAUCUGCCAUGCCUACGACUCGGGAGAAAAACGCUACUGGGUCGUGCUGGGCGUGCUAGGGAUACAGAGGAUGCUUCGUAUUGCAGGCCCGUUGCUGAAGAACUCUUGGACUCUUUUACGAGGGUGGCGACGUCUGGAGCCGAUUAAGAUAGCCGACCUUCUCUUCCCGGUGGACGAGGAAGUGGGUUUGGCAUCACAGACCGAUGCCGGACCUGGUGCUCUGAUUGACGCCUCUGUGCCUGCAGGAGAGCUGCUAGCUGCUGUGAACCAGGCGGCCCAAAAGCUAGGCGGCCGCUCGUUGGAGAGCCGGCACUCCAACUCGACGUCUGACCAGCGUGCUGUGCUUGCUAGAAUGGUGCAAGCACUCCAAAGUUAUGGUGGUGCAGUGGCGGGCCCGGCGUGCCCGGCUGCACGACUUGACGGAGGAGGAGUGGCGAGCCCGGAGUGCUCAGCUCCUCCUCGCCGUGGAGGUCCAUUGAGAGGCCUGGCCGUCGUCAGUGCGGGCCCAGAGGCCCCUUCUGGAUGGACCUGGCUACGCACACCCUGGUCGUGGAACGGUCCGGCUAUGCGAAGCCGUAUAUUGAGAAUGAACUGGAGGACUGUCCUGGUCGUCUUGGUUGUGCUCCUUUUCCCUCGCCUCAUCGCCCUUACGAUUGCGAUCAUUGUGCGACUGUUGGUGAAAGCAGUGAUGAGCUUGGUAAGUCAAGUAUUUCGUGAACUGUGGUUUCAGCUCAAUGCAUCUGCGGCCGAGCUCGAAGAUGCGCUGGUGGAAUGGUUAUAUGGACAACUCGGUCUUUCCAAUCCCUACGUGCCGCCGCCGGCGUUGAUCGCUGCUUCUCCUUCACCGGCGCCGCCGCCUCCUGUCGCACCGCCUGGAGGCCAUUCCCUCCCGGCCCGCCCUAUGGACUUCAUCACGAAUCCGGUGGUUUUCUUCGCGACCUUUGUGCAGAAGAUUGGCGAAAGUGUCGCGGGACAGCUCGAGCUGCAGUACCCUACAAGCAGCUCUGCGCGUCGACUCUGGGAAACGGACAACGUUCAAGAUUUCGUCAGGCAUUUGGCUGGGGACGAUUACAGCACCGUGGAAUUUUGCACUGGCACUCACCUGGCCGACAACCUGUCGGCAUGUGAGGAGUAUCAUGCACAGCUCCGGGCUACCGUUCUAUUCUCCGCCUUCGCUUCCUCAGCGCUUUUCGCAGCGAUCUUCCUCCUCCUGGGGAAGGCACAGCUCACGAAAUACGUGUCGUAUGUGCCGACCUCGGUUCAGGAGGCAUUCCUUUCCUGCAUCGGCUACAAGGUGUUCAAGUAUGCUCUCAAGUUCAGCAACUACGACUACUACCAAUUUGUCCCCGCUGCCUGCGUGGGUGUGCCGCUGUACUUCAUGAAGGCAAUGCACAUAGGCAACCCUGCCAUCGUGAUGCCUCUGGGCAUCCUGCUUCCCCUAGUCAUCUUCUGGGCUAUCGUCUUAGGCGCGGGCUACGACGUCGAUGCCGAUACUUCCGACUUCUUCUUUCCGAAGAUGAGCAACGAGCCCUUCUACCUCGUCUGGACCGACAGCAUCGGCCAGUACAGCAAGAUCAACUUCACUGCCUGGGUCUCUACCUUCACCGACCUUGGGAUCAUGAUUCUGGUGGUGGUCUUGGACUGCUCCCUGAAGAUCUCCUCGACCGAGAACAAGAUCCCGGUGAAGGUAGACAAGAACUACGAGAUCUCGCUCUACGGAGCCGUGAAUGCCAUCGUGUCGGUUUUCGCGUCCACUGUUGGUUACAUGCAGCUGAAAUUCAACGUCAUCAACUACGGGGUCAUGGGCAAUGUCGUAGACCGGCGAGCAGGCAUCAUCUACUCGCUUCUCUGUGGCGCGGCGUUCUUCUCGAGUAUCGAGUUCUUCAACUACCUGCCCAGACUCUUCCUCUCUGCGCUCCUUUUCUUCGCCGGGACGGGCUUCGUAUGCGAAAACUUGUGGGGCUCUCGCCAGUACCUGGUGUUUAUAGAGUGGUUAGAGAUUCUUCUCAUCCUCGGCGUAUUCAUCAUCACGGGCCAGCUUCUCCCUGCCGUCAUCGUCGGCAUCCUCGUGGCGGCAUUGUCAUUCUUGGUCAAGUACUCCAAGGUUUCCGCCAUCCUCGGUGCUCCGAUGCGGGGCUCGCAGGUCCGAUUGCAGCACCGCGUGGGAGAGGCGGCCGUACACACACUCCGCCAGGUCCAAGACAGCUGGCUGCUCGCGAUCCGCCUCAAAGGCUUCAUCUUCUUCGGCUCCGUGCAGGGGGUGACCUCCAUGGUGGCGACCCGCAUCGAGACCGAGAAGAAAGAGAAGGUUCCGAACUACCGGAGGCUUCAGAUCGUCAUCUUUGACUGCGCCCAGCUGGAUGGCAUCGAGGUUUCUGCAGCGAAGUCCCUCACGAAGCUGUCACAGGAGUCGAAGAGUGCUGGCGUUCAGAUCAUCUUCAGUUCCGUGUCGAAGGACCUGGCUCAGGAGAUGAAGAGUCGAGGCGUCAUCCACGGGGACCACGACCUCUUCCCAGACAUGGAAGCGGCCAUCUUCUACGUGGAGGACUUGGCCUUGCAAUACGCAAAGGCCAUGGAAGGCCUCUUCUCUUCUCUGCAUCCGGGUAUUCAGUACCACCAGGCGGUUCGCAAGGAGCAGGUGACCUUCGAGCCCUUCGGCGGCAUCCUGGUGACUGACGAUGCCAGGUUGGGCUGCCCCUGGCGCUUCUGCACCAAGGUCGACAUCAAGAAGCACAGCACGCUGCUCUGGUCGUCAAAGGACAAGCACGAUGUGCUCUACCUGAUCCACACCGGUUCUGUAGGCAUCUUCGAGUCUAUCCCCGAAGACCGGCGGCACUGGAAGUCGCCGGUGGCGGUCUAUGGCCACGGGCAGUUUCUGAACCUCGAGAUGUUGGCUGGUCGAACCCCGAAGGGACACGCCGUGUGCAUCGAGAGCGGGCAGGUCAUCGCCUGGGACCGCGACCAGUGGCGGCGCAUGUCGCGGCACGAGCCUGUCAUGGCAGCCAAGCUCCUCGAGGCCGCAAUGGCACAGAGGCAAAACGAGUCAGGCAGUGCGGAGAACGAGGAGCUUUCUUCUAGCAUUUGUGGGGAGGUGUCCGAGCAGGUCAUGCGGCUUCUGGCCGCCAAGGCGCUGAAGGAGCUCGGCUUCUUCGAGCCGCUGCCUCCCGGCAUCCCCAGCUCGCUCCCGCUGCUGCCGGAGAGGCUGAAGCACGAUUGCAGGGUGGCCUUCCGCACCUUCAGACGCUUUACCGACGAGGGCCAAGAGGUCAUUGACCCCUACGACGUGAAGAGCGCUCUGAUGUACGCAGGAAUCUUUGGGGCACAGCUGAGCCACGAAAGGCUUUUUCCUUUGUCCGAGGCUCAGUUCGUGCAUGUCGCCAACGAGGCGUACAUGACCCGGUUCAGCGCCAGACAGAUUGCCAUCGCCGAGGACCUCUUCGGCAAAUUUGACGCAGACGGUUCAGGCGCGUUGGAGCUGGACGAGUUACACAUGGUUAUUCAGGAGAUGACCGGUGUCGACGAGGUGCACGACAGCCAAAUCGACGGUCUUGCCGCCUCGUGGAAGGGCUCUUGCCGUGUGGACCAGUCGGGGCAGCUCGUGAUCGAUCGCCAAACCUUCCUGAGCAUCAUGUCCCGCUAUGUGAAGGCCCACAUGAACGACUACAUGUUGCUGCAGGGGCUCCUGGAGAUGACGAAGACGAAGCCGGACGAGCUCAUGAGCUCGAAGCUGACGUUGGAGACGUUGGCGGACGCCUUGAACACCAGCGGUGAAAAUGCCGAGGUGCGGGUCUACCGUCACGCCGUCGCCAAGCUCCGCAGCGCCAGCCUGCGGCAGUCCAUGGAGGACAGCGCGCACGAGAGCGUCAUGGAUGUGGUGCAGGAGAUCGUCUGGGCUCACAAGCCUCUCGCCCGUGCCGGCGGUGACUCGAACUUGUCAUCACUGGAUUUCACAGACCUGGUGGCCGCUGCCAUGCCGACGGAAUUGCGCCCAAAAGCCGGCGCCACACUGCCGCCAAAGCCACCGAAAAAGGCUGCCCGCAGUCACAAGGAGCAACUGCCGGCAGAGGAUCUGCAUGUGCUGCAAAGCCUCGUCCUGGACUUGCGAGAGCCUAAGGCGCAGAAGACGGUCUUCGAGCUCGGCCGGCGGACUGCUCAGCGUCGGAUAUCGGAGCGUAUAGAAGACGUGCAGCUGGACGACGGGGGAGAGCGCUCGAUCUCCGUCCAGAAGCUAACGAGCGACGAAGCAGCGGAGCUGACGGACAUCGAUCGGAUGAAGAUCCGGGUCUUUAACUUCCUGGAGCGGCCGAAGUCGUCCAUGGCGGCCCUGGCGUGGUUUUAUGCCGACUGCAUCCUGGUGAUUCUCUGCGUCGUCAGCCUCGUUGCGGAGCCAUUGGUGCUGGUUGUGUACCCAGAUGAUGCCGGCGUGGUGACCUUGGUCAAGUUCGUCGAGUGGUUCUUCACGAUCCUCUUCACCGUGGAGCUGCUGACUCGCUGGGCUCUUUGGCUUGUGUACGUUCCCGAGCUCUGGAUUCAAUUUCAGCCUGGGGUGUUCACGAUUCUGCCCAGCUACCUCGAGGCUCUCCAGAUUGGCGCGGCUGCAAAGAUUCUGCCAGCAGGCGUUCCGGAGCCCGAAAUCCUCAACACUUUCGGGUAA